CGCUCAAUUUGCUAGCGCCUCUACUUUAUAAUAAUAGCAGGGCCGCCCCGCAGCCUUCCUGCAGACAUCGUCCUCGAUAUCCUCCUCUGUUCUCCCUCCCACCGCAACCAUCACCUCUCCUCCUCCGCCCAUCUACCCCCCGCCGGCGCAAGAAUCGCCAACAAUGAUGGCCGACCCUCUGCCCUCUAUUACUCCCUACGCCCGUCCCGGCAUGCAGCCUUCUCCUCAGCUGCCCUCGCUCUUCCGGCCCCAGCAGCCCUAUCCGCAACUCUUCCCCCAGCAGAUCUCCCCGCUGUCCUCGCCAUACUCCUCCGCCCCCUACGCUGCCGCGGCCUACAUGCCCACCUACGCCGUCCAGCCCCAGCAGCAGCCCCAGCACCCCCACAUGCAGCAGCACCAGCACCAGCACCAGCAGCAGCAGCAGCCUCAGCAGCAACCCCAGUAUCAACCCCAGCAGCAGCAGCAGCAGCAACAGCACCUCCCGCCGCUACGGCUACACCUGCAGUCCCCCGUCGGCCCUCAGCCCGCUCCCGUCCUCGUCGACGGUUACUACCGCCAGCCAUAUCCCCACUCGCCGCCUCCUCCGCCGGCUCCGCAGCAGGCGCCCUCGCAAGUCGCCGCUGCCCAGGUCGCGGCCACCCUCGCCGACGUCACCGCCCACAAGCCCCAGAAGGAGGUCAAGCGACGCACAAAGACCGGCUGCCUGACGUGCCGCAAGCGCAGAAUAAAAUGCGACGAGCGCCAUCCCAUGUGCUUCAACUGCGCAAAGUCCAAGCGCGUCUGCCUCGGCUACGAUCCCGUCUUCAAGGCCCAGCGCGGCCAGAACUCGCCCGUCAGCCAUAUCGGGGCCUCUCGCAAGCGCGAACCGCAAUUGCUUCCACAUCAUCUUCCCGAACAGAGCCGGCACAUCAUUAACUCCACCCCUCCUUCCGUUGCCGAUCCUGCUAUCCAUAACGACCGGGGCUCGGAUCGCUCAGAAGUAAAGCGGAUAAAGAUCGACAGUCUGCUCUCCGAGUAACUGUUCUUCUAUUCUCUUUACAUACUUCUUUGCUUAUACGUGUUUCCUUUUCUCUGAAUUCUCUUGUCGCAAGGAAUCCGCUGGAAAAAUGCCAAAACAUCGCUUUUUUAUGAUGUUGUUAUGUGCGCGGCGUUGGUCUUAUCUCAUUUUUCAUUAUCUUGCUCUCCAUCCCAUCAUAUUCCUCUUUUUACAGUUUCACCUCUGGUUAACGGAUCUUCAAUCUGCUCGGUUUCUCUUUUAUCUAUAAAUUGUUUAUCUCUUUUCCUGGCGUCUGCUGCUUUGUCUACUACAAGAUCUAUACUCUAUUCAUUCAUUGUAUCAUAGGAGUUCAUCUUAUUAUUUUCCAAUCUAUGGCUGU